UGUCAAAGCUGUCAUAAGUCAUAUGUCAAAUUAGGAUUUUGAUCAGAAUAUUGCGAAUUGGUUUGUUAUUAUUUCCUUUUACAGAUUGUGUCCUAUUUAUUCCGUGUUCAGUCUAUUCCCUUAGGCAUUGGUUUGUUAUACGAUUUAACUUUAGUUUAGUGCCUUUCUUAUAGCCUCUAUGUGCAUCAACAAGCCGUUGGUAACCUUAAAAAAUUAAGUGAACAAUGCCGACUUUUAUGAUGUAUUUGUAAUAAUGGAUUCUUCUAAAGAUUCUUCAUCUAUGAGGAAUUCUGUACAUCUUGAUGGCGAAGGAGAAAAAAACAGAAAUUUCAAGAGUACUCAUAGUUUGUCUGGGCCAAGAGAUAACACAGAAAAUACGUUUACACCUACCGCAAAUCCAAGUUCUAGCUUUGUUCCCUUGAAUGGACCUCGGACGAAUCACAUGAAUUCCUUAGCUGGCAAUGAACCAGGUCCUCAAUCCAGCAAGUGUAGCGAAAGUCAUCCUGAAACGAAUAAAAAUCUUUGUAAUUCUACUCCAUCACAAAUGUGUAACAAGAAAGUGGGUAACUCAAACACUGAUCAGGCGGAUGCUGCGGUCGCGGGUAACAGCAGGUCUAUACCUACCUUGUAUGACAAUGGUACAGAGUCCAACCCAGACAAGCAGUCAUGUCAGAGACACAAAGUAUGCUUGGACAAGGCAGGGAGCAGCAGUCUACCCUCAACUAGUGGAACAAGCAGAGCUAGUGACAACCCUGAGAGCAGUCAGUCCUUCAGAGAAAAUAGAAAAAGGCCAUCAAGUCUGAAGUUAAAUAGGCCUAACUUAGAUGAUGAGAGUUCUAGUGACACUGGCAAUGAUGAUUAUUCAUUAGGGUCAGAAGAUGGGUGUAUUUACACAUACAGGGGUGGAGAACACUUGGCUGACUUGCCAAGCUCAUUCUUCAGUUUAGACAUGGGUUUGCCUUUAGACAAGCAUUUACCCAUGCCUAACUAUGUUGGGCCUCAGCAAGGGGCAGCUGCAGGUAGGGAGCAGCCUUCAAGAGCAUCUAGUCCUGACAUGGAUUUCUUGGAAAUGGACUUUGAUCCAGGACCUUCAUGUGAGGUGGACACGGGUGACGAGUCUUCCCCUGAUGCUGAUUUAGAGUCUGCAAGCAAUAUGCCUGAGGAAAAUGAACCUGUGUUGAGAGGGACUUCUCCAGAAUAUGUGGCUCCUAGGAGCUUUCCUGCACCAGUGCCUGUCCUUGUGAACCCAGCGUUGGAGUCAUAUGGGAGUGUUGACCUAUAUUCAUACAGUGUGCCAUCAACAAGUCGAGGAGUGACCGGUGGUCAUGGUGAUGCUCCAGAGAGCAGUAGCUCACAUGCAGACCAGAACUACAGUUUUGGUCCAUAUAUCACUCAUGUGAAUUCGAGGGGUGAGCAGCUUAUUGUCAGAAGGACUAUGUCACAUGGGCCAAUUAACUUCCCUGGCAGUGUGCAUGUCACCAGUGGAGAUUUGGUCUCACCAAGGGAGAUCUUGAGCUAUGAUACGGAACAUUUGGAAGGACCAUUUGCAUAUCAAAUCAACCAGGGUUCUUCAAUAGAUACAGCCAAUCUGUCAUCAGCUUUAUAUCAUGUAACUAUGGCCAAGAAACUGAUAGCUGAAAAGACUAAAUUAGAUGCUGAAAACCAGGCUGCUGCUAAGGCGACGGAAGCGACGGCGAGUACGAGUUCAAGUAGCGCGGCGUGCGUGGAGCCCCCGCGGUGUAUGAUAUGGUCCGAGUGCGAGGCCUGCGAGCGACAGGUCACGCAGAUCAGCACCUCGGCCUGCGGGGCCACUGCUGUUGUUAAUGUUUUUAAUGCGCUGGGCGUGCCUGUGAAUCUAGAGAAGAUAAGUUCAUCUGUCGGUACGAGACAAAGAGCUAAUAAUGCUCCAUUACCUAGAUAUUUAUUAUCUCGAGCCGUGGCUGGUUGUACGGCGGCGGACCUGGUCACCGGUAUACACAAGGCUUCCGAUGGGCUGGUCACCGCAAGGUUCUUCCCGACGCACCCUGAAAGGGUCAUAUCCUUGUCGCAUUGGCUCGCCGACUGGAUCACGCUUGGUGCAGUACCAAUCCUAACGCUAAACCUCCAAGCUGGCUGCGACAACGACAUCCCAGACGCUUGGCACCAUCAAAUGGUAUUCGGCGUGUCACCCCGCGGGGUCUACCUCUGUAACCCCGUCGAGUGCGUCCGCGAGGCAACACUGUGGCCGCACCUCACGUCACCCUCAGUACUGCUGAUCAAGACUAGAGAUGUGCUCUCGAGGUUCACUGCCGAUACGGACUUGACACCCUUGAUGGUCGUGCCUGAUCGAAGAUUCCAUACUUUUAAUGUGCUUGGUCAAGUAAUAAGCGUGAUCCGGGAAUGUCGCGCGAUAGGAUGGGGGGAGUACGGUACCCGGACUCGUCAUAUUCGCAUCCCGGCGUCCUACCAGGCCGGGGUGACGGUCGCCGCUCUCACCGGCUCCGAGGCACAUCGCCGGCUCAUGGUAGCCCCCCAACUCCCUAUAAUCGACCCCGCAUGAACAAGUGCGUAUCAAUUUAUAUCACCUUUUCAAUAACAUCAAUAAGUGUAUAUAGAAAUAUGUAAUGUUUGGAAGGUUGACACCAGGUUUCACUGGUUACCAAUAAAGUGUCUGAUAUGCUAUCUGCUAGAUAAUGGCUGCUUAAAAUUUCUGUCACAUAAAUUCCUGAUUGGCUAUCAGAGACUUUAUCAGUAUUCAGUGGAACUGGUCAUAUAAAUAUAAGGUGAGCUGCGCGGCUGAGUAUUUUGCCGCGCAUUUUAAGUGUUCACUUAAGGAUGGGUUGUUUUGUUCCGUAUUGUCGGAUAUGUGACGUUACGGUAUUAGAUUGUUUCGUGUGUCGAUUAUGUAUGCACCCUAUUCUAAACGGUGUUCAGUGAAUUUUGAGUGUUCUAAAAGGUGAUAGGUGGCUUAGUCGCGCGACGAUUUAUUCAGCUAAAUUGCACGUGAAAUAAUCGGUGAAAAAGUAAUAUAAUAAUUAUAUUGACUGAAUUGGUAGCACUACUCUAAAAGACGUUGAAUUUUCACUCUAACCAUUUCAUGGUUAUGAUGUAAGAAAAUUUUAUUCCGUUCGUGACUGAUGUCUUGUUUGGUAUUCAAAAUGCCAUUGUGUGCACGCCAAAUAGCUGUAGAUAUUCUAAUACUGAUGUAGUGAAUAGUUCUAUAGGUACCUUAUUUAGCAUCGUAAUAUAAACGACGUAUUCGUGAGAAAGUGAGACAGCGCUUAGGAUAGUUGCUCGCUAAAAGAGAACAAAAAUCACUCGGUUACCGAGAUCUGUCGCUUACACUAUUUUCAAUUAGUUUAUUUUACUUUAUACUCGUGUAUAAUACAUAACCGCAUGUCAAUAACAUUUAGAAAGUAUCAAAACUAAUUUCGAAUAGUGGAAAAUGUUCGCGGGUAACAGAAAUUGUACCGUUGUAAGAAUCAAAGCAACACAUUUUUGCAUAUAAUGGAACACUUGAUAGUUAACGAGGACCACCGAAUUUAACAUUGUAUUAGAAAUAACUCGAUCUGAUCACAAAUAAAUAUUGAUAAAUGUCGGAAAAGAUAGUCGCAGGCGCAUCAGUGAAGACGAAAAGUUACUUAGCAUGUUUAGCUACGGUUUGUUGCCAUCUCUAUCUAACUUAUGUUGUUCGACAUUUGUAGGACAGAGAUAGGUAUAUUGGAUCUUAAAACGUACCAUCUAAUUUAUUUUUAUUUCGGCCCUAUUUUUCUCUUUUCUCGAUGAUUUAGCAAGCUUUGUAUUUUUAUGUAAAUAUUUUCGUUUAAAUAAUUAUUUUUAAUUCGAAAUAGUUCGAUUCUGUUUCAACUCAACACUCUGUUGCUAUGACAACAGCCGGUUGUCAUAGCAACAGGUUUGUAGCUAAUGUUGCGGGUUGAAGUCCCCGAAUGUCUUUAUUCGGGGACUUCAACCGAGACCGUAUUCAUCGAUAUUAUUACAUGCUAGAUUCAAAAUAAAAAUCUAAGUGUAUUUUUAACAGUUCAUUUCAUCCGAAAUAAAAAUUUUAUAUAAACGAAUAUAGGCUUGCUCAUACUUAAUUUAUAUUGCUUGCAUUGUAUGUACGAUACUGUGUGAAAAUAAUAUCGAUGAAAUUUUAACCUUAUUUCAACGCAAUAAAGAUCACAAUUUGAUAAUAAUGACGGUGUGGCCAUCAAACUAAGUUUAGCAAUAAGAAUAUUAAACGAGCAUGUAUGUUUAACCGUACAAACUUACUAACAUGUUAUCUUUAGUUACGGAUAUGCACAAAUAACGUAUUUUAUUCAAUAAAUAUUAGCUAUUUUAUGUUAAAGGGCUGCAUUAUCGUACGUCGCUCAAAAAAAACUAUAAUUUCACUGUGUAUAAUAGUUAUCUACUUAUUUAGUAACCGAACGUUUUCGUAAACUGAAGCUGUGUGAUUGGCUAAAUUUUAUUAGCCAAAUAAGAUUGUACAUAGAUUUUGUAAGGGAAAAUAUUGUUAGUCAAUUGGUGCUUACUAGUCAAAAUUAUAUUAGCACGUACUAAAGUUUGCUAUUCAAGUGAGGAACGCAACAUUUUAUGGCACUUCUUAUUUCAAACUAAAGAACGAGAUCGAAAAUCCUUUUCAUUUGUUUACAACGAAGGCUACCGCGUAUGAAAUCGCCGCUAGAGGCGCUUGUGUAGCGUGAGGUUUUCGAAACAUCAAAUGUAACUGUUUUUUUACGCGCGCGAUUUUAUAUUUCUAAUUAAAUUAAUAUUUCGAAUAUUUAAGAAUACUUUAGAUUAAUUAUGGCAAAUACAGAUUACGGAUCUAUAAAUGCCUUUCUUUUUCGAGCAACACUGUGGCAUCGCCAGUACGUUCACACUAUAGUUUUAUUGUAUUAAAUAUGAUUUAAUAUAAUCAUCUAAUGUAGAUCUAAGUUUUGGCGCUCAUAAUAGGAACUUUGAUAGCCGUAGUUUAGGACCUCACGCUACAGUCGCGCCAUCUGGUGAAACAAAAAACGGUAGCCCCAUUAGCUGCACUUACAUACUACUUGUAUGUGAGUCGUUGGAACUAAUAUCAACUCUAAGUACUACACAUAAGGUUCAAUUUCAGUUGAAUAGCCCAGUCCAUAAUAAAGUUGUGUUUCACAUUUGAACAGCAGAAGUCUGGUAGUCAUUUCAACGCGACAAAAUAUACCUACACAUGUAAACGUUAUCGCACUCGAUGCUAACGCUUAACUCUGUACUCUAUUCGGUAAUUAAUUUAAUAUGUUACGAGCUUGUUACGAGGUGUUGCUGAGUGUACCCGAACGUUCCCGAACGUUGCCGAAUACUUCCAAUUGUUUAUUGUUGUUAUGUUGGAGUGUUGCUUACAAGUUAAAUCUUUUUACGUCUAGCAACAAUAACACUGUACUUAUUCGCAGUGUGUUUAUGUUAUUUAUUAUUAUAAAUAGUUUAAAUGUUAAUAUAUUAUAGUUCUAUUUCGUAAUAGGUUAUAGUAUGUUGUCUACUCAAGGAUUUCUCAUUAGUACUAAUUCUGUGCCUAAAUUGUCCCGACCAAGAUUUGUAAAAAAACGGGCAAAAGAACCCAAGCAGUAUUAGCGAACGCAAAUACUGAGUUCCCAAAGUUAUUUAUUUAUUAUUCACAAAACAAAAAACUUACACGCACUUUUCUAUAAAUAAAACAUUUAAUGUGUAAAUUAUUGAAACAGAGGCCUUGAGUGGUAACAAAUCGUUGUUUAUUUAUAUAAAUACUCUCACCUCGUAACAAGCUACUCAAAAUGUCUGUAGUGUAGGUAUAAUAUUUUGCAAAAGUGGUUAAUUUAAAAUUCUGCAUUUUACUUUAAGUACCUACUGCUGUUUGUGAAGGGUCAGUUAUACUACCCCUUAUACUCGAUUAUAUAAAGCAAUGUCAUGUAUAACAUUAUAUUUUUGGAAUAUACUAUGAUAGAACCCAAA